AUGUUAGAGAUCGUGGCAACAUUUAGUGAGACCAUAAAAAUGGAGAUGGGGCUGGACAAGUGCGCAAGGCUAACAGUCAAGAGGGGAAAAAUAAUUGAGAAUAACUCCAAUAUCUUGAAUCCAAAUGCCAUUCAGAACCUCGGCCGGGAUGAAACCUAUAAGUAUCUAGGUAUACAGCAAGCUCUAGAAAUUAAAAACGCUGAAAUGAAGGAAGCCUUUAGUAAGAAACUUUUUUAUCGGGUGAACCAAGUGCUCAAGUCCAAAUUAAAUUCAAAAUCUUUGUUUCUAGCCUUGAACACAUGGGCAUUGCCCAUAAUGACGUACACCUUCGGGAUACUUACAUGGUCGGCUACAGAACUGCAGGCAUUGGACACGAAGAUCCGCACCAUUUUGACGAAAUACGGAGUACAUCACCCUCACUCAUCCGUGGCAAGACUCUAUCUCCAAAGACAUCUAGGGGGAAGAGGAAUGCUUAACCUAGAAACAACACAUGACAAAUCCGUAUUAAAACUAAGGGAAUACUUCAUGAAGCAGAACUCACCUUUUGUCAGGACCCUUCGUUCAGUCGAUGUAGGAUGCUCCCCAUUGCGGCUAUCGGAUUCCGACUUCACACAACCGAUUCGCACUCAGCAAAACCUGCAGGAGGAAUGGAAAGCUAAGGUAUUGCAUGGUAGAUACCCUAAUAAUUUAGAAAACAACAAUGUGAAUAAAAAAGAAUCCUUAACUUACCUUAAGGCGGGCUACCUGUUUCCUGAAACCGAAGGCCGGCUGCUUGCAAUACAGGAUCAGGUGGUUCCUACCAGGUCUUACCUCAAAAACAUAGCGGGACAACAACUUACCUCUGAUCUAUGUAGAAAAUGCAAGCAGGGACCUGAACACAUCCAACAUGUUACGUCUGGUUGCUCAAUCCUUGCACCGAGAGAAUACACGGAUAGACACAACCAAAUGGCAAAAGUUUACCAUCAGGCCAUGGCACUGAAAUUAAAAUUAAUUAAAACAAAGAGAAAAAAUCAUCUAUACUUACCUGAGAAUGUCCUCGAGAACGAAGAAUUUAAACUGUAUUGGGACACCACGAUGGUGACAGACAGACCAGUUGCAAAUAACCGACCGGAUAUCGUCUUACUAAAUAAAAGAGAAAAAAGCUGUGUGAUCAUCGAUAUAACGGUUCCUUCAGACGACAAUAUUUCAAGGGCCUACACUGAAAAACUGACAAAAUACUUCGAUCUGUCGUUCGAACUAAAGGAGAUGUAUAGGCUCAAGAAAAUAUCUAUUAUCCCACUGGUGAUGUCGGUCAACGGACUCGUAGAGGAACAUCUUGUUGAUAAUACAAAGCUGUUGGAACUUGACAGCUAUGUUGUCUCGAGUGCCCAGAAGGAGGUCAUACUGGGCACUACACGUAUCGUAAGACGCUUCCUUCAUAGCUCUUGA